UGGUUGGCCCAUUCACGGAUGGUCCGAAUCCAGGCCGAGCUGGAAACGAAUGGCAGCUCCCUCUUCGUCAUGGAGCGAGGAACAGGGAGAAGAAGGCAGUUUACCAGUCUGUAUAUACGGCGAGAAAUGCUACCGAAAUAAUCCACAGCACUUCCAAGAGUUUGCCCAUCCCUGGCUUGAUGAUGCUGGGACCACCAUCAGAGAAGAGGCGGAAACUCGGUGAUUCGAGGGAGCGACCCUGUCACCCUCUCCCCGGAUCCCCAGACCUCACACUCCUCACCAGACUCCCCAUUUACACUCUCCCCCCACUCUCUCUUCUACCUGACCACAGCGAGGGGAGUGGACUCUCGACAUAACUCCCAGGACAUAGCCAUCGCCAUCAGAGACCUUCUCUCUCCUCUAAUGGGAGACCUCGUCUGCUCGGCACAGUUCAACUACCUCAUUGACCUCCCCUGGCUUCUCCAGCAGUACCCUCCUGAGAAGAGGUGACAGCUAUCCAGUGCAAUUUUCGCUAAUGGCAGAUAACGCACCACAGUUGUGUACAUUAGUUUUGAAUGCACCAAGGACUGUGACUUUGCUUGUGAGCUGAGUGUAUGUGUGUGUGUGCGUGCGGAAGAGUGUGCUAAUGACUGCCUAUUGUCUCCCCGGGUUCUAGUGUGACAUCCUCGGUAGUAUAGUGAAAAUGUCCUCUUCUUGUCGUCCACGGUGAUCAGAAAGAUGCCAAUAUUCGAAAGGCGGCUGCACCAUACCCAAAUGUAACUCUUUUUAAAGCAAGACUUGAAAUAAUGUUUGGAACCCAUCACAGUAAGAUGAUGUUGCUGGCUUACAGAGAAGGUCUGCGGGUGGUGAUCCACACAGCUAACCUCAUUCCCAAGGACUGGGACCAAAAGACCCAGGGGGUCUGGGUGAGCCCUCUCUUCCCUGCCAAGAGCUCUGUGACACCAAGCAAGUCAGAGACAGUGGUGAAUGGAGGAAAGGAGACUGGUUUCAAGCAGGAUCUUCUGGAGUACCUCAAGGCAUACGGUGGUCGAGGGCUGGAGGAGUGGAAACAGAGGAUCAGUGAUCACGACCUCUCAGCUGCUCGGGUUCGCCUCAUAGCGUCAGUUCCUGGGGCGCACACAGGAGGGGAGAUGAACAAGUGGGGCCACCUCAAACUGAGAAAAGUGCUGUCAACUUGCAGCAGUUUGCCCUGUGGAGCCACUCCGAGCGACUGGCCUGUGAUUGGUCAGUUCUCCAGUGUCGGCUCCCUAGGCCCCGCCCCCUCUCAGUGGCUGACGUCUGAGUGGCUCACCAGCCUCUCUUCCUCCUCCUCCUCCUCUGCGUCCUCCUCGAAGAAACCCAGGACUCUCACAACCCAACAUAAAAUGCCACCUCUAAAACUGAUUUUUCCGUCAGUUGAAAACGUCCGUACGAGUCUAGAAGGAUACAUGGCUGGAGGGUCCAUUCCUUAUGCCGCCAACACCGCUGCCAAGCAACCGUACCUGAGAGACUUCCUCCAUCAGUGGAGGGCAGAGGAGACGGGAAGAACCAGAGCUGCCCCUCAUGUAAAGACCUACAUGAGGGUCUCUCCAGACCAGAGAGAGGCCGCCUGGAUCUUGAUCACCAGCUGCAACCUAUCAAAGGCUGCCUGGGGAGCCCUGGAGAAGAAAGGCUCGCAGCUGAAGAUCAGAUCUUACGAGAUUGGUGUCCUCUUCCUUCCCUCCGACCAGGAGACCUCCGCUGGCCACACCUCCUUCUCCGUCGCCACGAUGCACCCACAUGGACCUGGUGCAGGGUCCAGUUCAGUACCUGGUAUGGGAAUGAGACUGGUGACCCCGUUUGACCUCCCACUGACGCCAUACACCAGAGAAGACCAGCCUUGGGUAUGGAACGCGAGACACAUGAAACCAGACAGCAAGGGAAAUGUAUGGACUCCUCCUUAGAGCCAAAAUACUCACAUUUUGUGGACGAUCAACAACCAUCACUAUUCUGUUUUGUACAGUCAAACAUCAAAAAAUUUAAGGUGGGA